AUGAAGGUCGCGCUGAGCGUGGACUCGGGCCUCCGGCUGCACCUGCACCCGGAGGACGAGGCCGGCAGCGGCUGGACCCCCGUCGCCUGGGCGACGUACGAGAACACCGUCCAGAAGAAUGGGUGGGGCUACCUGUCCGUGCACGCCAGCGAGGACCCGAAGGUGUCGGACGACCUCAAGGUGUACGCAGCAGGCUUCCUGGAGGGGUUCGCCUCCGCCCAGCAGAUCCGGGACUUCCAGCACAACGCCAACGGCCUGAUGGCCAAGGACGAGGCCAACCACCAGGCCCUGGACAACAUCAGGUCGCUAUUCCAGGCCGAGGCCGCGACCAUCUGUAACAAGACUGGCCUGAUCGCCGGCGGCACGGCGCCACCCGCCGCCGCGGGCGCCGCCCCGGAGCUGUUCUGGGAGCACGCGAAGCUGAUGCUGCUGCAGGCGUGGGGCCUGGUGGACGCGUACAACCAGCACGCCCCCAAGGUGAAGGGCGUGGAGAUGUCGCUGGUGGACCUGAUCAUUCUCAACAGCGACGGCGAGACGCCCGAGUUGGAGAAGGCCUACGACUUCCAGGAGGUGCUGCUGCGGCAGUCGAACCGCGAGUGCGCCGGCGGCGACUGCGAGGAGGACAGCUCGGACAGCAACACCUCCCUGCUGCAGAUGCAGCGCAGGGGAUCCACGAAGCUCUCGUCGCGGUCCAGGCGCGGGGUGGCACGCGGCCGCAGGAGCCUGGCCGCCGCGGCGAGGGCCAGGCGGCGCCAGUUCCUCAAGGGCCUGGACGACAAGGCCUGGCUGAAGUUCCGCGCGUCGUACGGGCGCUGCUCGGCCCUCGUCCGGCUCGCGCCGAACAGCAGCGACCUCUUCGUGGGGCACACUACGUUCUCGGACUACAGCGAGAUGAACCGGAUCUUCAAGUACUAUGACCUGCCCCUGCGCGGCAGCGCCAGUCGUCGCAUGGGCUUCUCGUCCUACCCGGGGGUGAUGGGCAGCACGGACGACUACUACGUUAUGGACACGGGCCUGGUGGUGACGGAGACGACCGUGUCGAUGCUCUCGGACGAGGCAUUCGACAAGCUCGACGAUAACGGGACCACGGUCCCAGACUACAUGCGCAUCAUGAUCGCCAACAGGGUCGCGAGGACUGGCGCGGAGUGGGUUGGCAGCAUGACGAAGAGUGCCACCGGCACCUACAACAGCCAGUGGAUGGUCGUGGACUACAAGCUGUUCGAGCCUGGCCGCAGCCUGAAGAACGGGACGCUCUGGGUGCUCGAGCAGGCGCCGGGCGUGUCCCACAGCCAGGACGCCACCCAGAGGCUGCAGGAGACCGGCUUCUGGGCCUCCGAGAACCGGGGCUUCUUCGACGACAUCAGGGCCGUCGACGGCGAGGCGGACGCGGAGGAGAUGCACGGCGACCUGUUCAGCGCUCUUCGCAACCCCCGCGGCAACAUCUUCAACAAGACGGCCCCAGAGGUCGCCACCCUGGCCGACAUGCGCACGGAGAUGCGGAGGAACCACUGGCCGCACGAGGUGGACGGGGGCCCGGGCAACACCCCGGACCAUGCCAUCGCGGCGCGUGGCGACCUGAGCAAGUACGACCCCGCGCCGAACGGCGGCGUCGACUCCAAGGUCACCAACGCCUGCCUCGUCCGCGCCCUGGCCGCCGACGCCAUCAACGGGCCCACGCACGAAGGGCUCCCGGCUUUCCACUGGCUGGACAAUGUCACCGGCAAGAAUCUGUAUCCGGACUACCCUCACGAUGGGCUGCCCGACUUGUGGAACUUUGGCUGGGUCCGCAUGACGCCCAGCGGGGAGCUGCCCGAACUUCCAGCUGAUGCUUGCGCGGCUUCGCCGUGA